AUGACGACAGUAAGAGCCGUCGCAGUUUUGGCGGUGAUUUGUUCGGCCAUGGCCAUAGAUGACUGUUCAGAUACCAAAGAACCACAAUCGUCGUUACCGGAAAACCCAUUUUUCGGUCGAUUUCCGGAUUCUUGCAAAAAUCUUAACUUUCCGUUUUCAUUUCCUUUGCCACCGCUCAUCAACAGCUUUCCGCCCCCAAUUUUAUCUCCCAUGUUACCAUUCCCUUUUUCUAAACUAGAUUUCAACUUUCCACCUUCAUUACUGACACCGCCUGUACCCGUAGAAGAACCGGCUGCACCGGAAACACUAUCACCAGCCGUAGAAGAACCUCCUUCCUACUGA